AUGGUGGUGGAUGCUGAGGAAGGAGGGAAGAAAGAUAGGAGGAAGGAAGGUGUAGAGAAAAGGAAGGGAGGUGAAAUAGGUGGAGAAAGGGAAGAAGGAAUCGAGGGUGAGUAGUAGAACGAACGAACGAACGAACGAAAGAACGAACGAACGAAGGGGGAAGGUAGGAUGAAAGGAAGGGUGGGAGGAGAGAAGAGGAAAGAAUAAACAAAGUGAUGGAAGGAAUAGAAAGCGAGAGUAGUUCGCUGUAGUUCAUAUAUUUUUAUUUCUCCAACCGUCACUCCUUGUAGUUCGCCAGAAGCACAUCAUGUGCUUAGAUUUGAAAAAAGACACUCUAUAUUGCACGGACGAUGGAAGCGUGUUAGAAAUACAUAAAUCCUACAUUGGUCAAGACGUUCAAGAACUGUUUAAAUGUGUUGGCUACGAUGUUAGUGAUUUCCAAAACCCAUGUGCUGAUGACCGUGACAUGACAAAAAAGACUAAAGUAAAGUGUGAUGGGCGACGAUCAUGUAAUAUUAAUGAUUCACUGCUUGUUGAUGAAUGCAGCCGUCUCGUUAGAUCUUUUAAUGUCGAAUUUAGUUGCCAAGCCAACCGAACUGAAGGUAGAAUUACGUUUAUUUUUUAG